UUCAGCUUGUUUUGUUAAAUCAGAAAAAGUACACAACAGUGUAGUGUACCAUCAUUUGGGUAAAAAUAAACUCUAAAACUGGGUAUGCUACAAUAUGUAUAAAUGAUUCUGGAAGAACAAGUAGUAAAUUUUAAGAGUGGUUGCCUCCUCAGAGAGAAACAGUGCUUGAGUACAGAUGCUGUUGGGUAAAUACCCAACGAUUCAACUACCUUAAGAGUUCUUGGCCACAGAAUCUUAAUCUUGUUAACAGAGGCAGUAGGUUCCAAUCCAAGAGAUAAAGGAGGAUUGAAGCUAGAGAUGGCAAUGUGAAAUUUGUCAUAAAGAAAUGUAUCGUUGUCAUUUACAUAGUGGCCACCACAGAAGAUAAUGAAAUGAAUCUUAAAAUUUUCACUUGUGUAUUCCAACAUCAAGUGAGUACAAAAAUUUAUGAAUGCUGAUUGAAUACUCAGGAUUUUCUUGAAACAUCUAAAUUCUAUGAUAAAUAAUUGACCACUGUGACAAUAGAAUAUAGGUCAUUAAAGUGCAUUCCAAUUGGCAGGAGUUUGGACAGUUCCCUGAGAAUCUGUUUAACCAGGUAGAUUAAAUGGAAAUAUAUUUUCUAUAAUGGAACUCGUCAAAAUGAGAAGGGAUCAACUAUUGACAAUCAUGAGAUCACUACCUGGGCCUUUCUAUAUAGAGCCCACAAACAUCGUCAGUGUGAAUGAUGUCAUUCAGAGGGUUAGCGACCAUGCCUCUGCCAUGAACAAGAGGAUUCAUUACUACAGCCGGCUCACCGCUCCUGCAGACAAGGCACUGAUUGCCCCAGAUCAUGUAGUUCCAGCUCCAGAAGAAUGCUAUGUGUAUAGUCCAUUGGGUUCUGCUUAUAAACUUCAAAGUUACACUGAAGGAUACGGCAAAAACACCAGUUUAGUAACCAUUUUUAUGAUUUGGAAUACCAUGAUGGGAACAUCUAUAUUAAGUAUUCCUUGGGGCAUAAAACAGGCUGGCUUUACUACUGGAAUGUGUGUCAUCAUGCUGAUGGGCAUUUUAACACUUUAUUGCUGCUACAGAGUAGUGAAAUCACGAUCUAUGAUAUCAUCAGUGGAUACCAGUACCUGGGAAUAUCCAGAUGUCUGCAGAUACUAUUUUGGCUCCUUUGGACAGUGGUCAAGUCUCCUUUUCUCCUUGGUAUCUCUCAUUGGAGCAAUGAUAGUUUAUUGGGUGCUUAUGUCUAAUUUUCUUUUUAAUACUGGAAGGUUUAUUUUUAAUUUUAUUCAUCACAUUAAUGACACGGAUGCUGUACUGAGUACCAACAAUAGCAACCCUGUGAUUUGUCCAAGUGCUGGGAGUGGUGACCAUCCCAACAAUGGCUCUAUGAUUUUCUAUGCCAAUGACACAGGACUCGAACAGUUUGAAAAAUGGUGGAAUAAGUCCAAGACAGUGCCCUUUUACCUCAUAGGACUCCUCCUGCCACUGCUCAAUUUCAAAUCUCCUUCAUUUUUUUCAAAAUUUAAUAUCCUAGGCACAGUGUCCGUUCUUUAUUUGAUUUUCCUUGUCACGUUUAAGGCCAUACACUUGGGAUUUCAUUUGGAAUUUCACUGGUUUAUGCAAACAGAGUAUUUUGUACCAGAGAUAAGAUUUCAGUUUCCACAGCUGACUGGAGUGCUUACCCUUGCUUUCUUUAUUCAUAAUUGUAUUAUUACACUCUUGAAGAACAACAAGAAUCAAGAAAACAAUGUGAGGGACUUGUCCAUUGCUUAUAUGCUGGUGACAUUAACUUACCUCUAUAUUGGAGUCCUGGUUUUUGCUUCAUUUCCUUCACCGCCAUUAACCAAGGAUUGCAUAGAGCAGAAUUUUUUAGACAACUUCCCUAGCAGUGACAUCCUGUCCUUCAUUGCAAGGAUAUUCCUGCUGUUCCAGAUGAUGACUGUAUACCCACUCCUAGGCUAUUUGGCUCGUGUUCAACUAUUGGGCCAUGUCUUCGGUGACGUUUAUCCUAGCAUUUUUCAUGUGCUGACUCUUAAUCUAAUUAUUGUGGGAGCUGGAGUGAUCAUGGCCUGCUUCUACCCAAACAUAGGAGGAAUCAUAAGGUAUUCAGGAGCAGCAUGCGGCCUGGCCUUUGUAUUCAUAUAUCCAUCUCUCAUCUAUAUGAUUUCCCUCCACCAAGAAGACCGUCUGACAUGGCCGAAGUUAAUCUUUCACAUUUUCAUCAUCAUUUUGGGCCUGGCUAACCUGAUUGUUCAGUUUUUUAUGUGAAAUACUCAAUGUCUUCUCAAGAUCUUUCAUGGCAUUUUGAACUUUGACAACAGUUCCACAUAAAUUGACUUGUAAAUGCUGUUGUUGCUGUAAUUCUAAGUGUUUUUCCUAAGAUAAUUUGAAAAAAAGUCGGGGGGGAGGGAACAGUGGUCCAUGAAUAAGUAAUUUUGACUAGAGAGGAUAAAGGGGCAAGAAUGAUCUUUGUCUCUCUUCAUAUGCACCACCCCUUCAUUCUCAUUGUCUUUUCUGAGCAGCCGUGUAUGCCCUUAGGAAAAAUCAUGCUGGUUUUUGCUUUUUACAGAUAUAAGGUGGGUGGGUUUAUUUUGACUAGAGUAAAGAUUCUCAGGGUGUCACAGCAACGAUUGCCAGAUGCUAUUCCUGUUUUAUGUUUCAAUGUAUUCACUUUCAUUUUAUUACUUGCUAGACAAUUUCUGCAGUUUAUCCAUACAUGUACUGUUUGGGUCAGUAAACCGAAUACCUCAUUUGUAAAAAGAAAUCUCCAUGGCAUCAGUGUUAAUAGAGUGAACUCUUAACUGCAUCCUUAAUCUCUAUAUAAAGGAGAGAAAGAAAGAAUGUCGGUACAGGCUCUUUGGUUAUGAACCUUACACAAAAUAAAUGAACUGGGAGAGUU